AAGCAACAUAUACUAUUGAAAAUUGAAAAAUAAAAUACUAUGCGAAUAGUACUAAUAUUAUUACUAAAUAAGGAGAAGAGGAGAAGAGGAGAGAUAUUUUGAGUAAUUUUUAUAUAUCUUGUGAGGAGAGAUAUUUUGACUAUUGAAGGAGCCCAUAGUCUAUACCACUUGCAUUACGCAUAGUCCCCCUCUUGCACUAUAUAAUACUCUCUUAGGCAACCUACCCCAAUCCCUUCAUCCUUAGCUUGUAGGCAUCUUAGCCGCCCUUCUUGAGACUUGAUUCAGUCAGCAACUAAUACUUAACCAGUUCCACUUGGGCAACCGACGCGGGUUUUGAUGGGAUGGUUCGGAAUUCCUUCACUCUUAAUUAGAGAUUUCUGAUUCGAAUUUUUGGGAAUGAAAAAGAAUUUUGUUGCGAACGCUGUCCUAAAAAUGGGCUUUGCAAAGUGUGAAUCCUAAUAUUAUCUGACCCUAAAGCUGGUACCAUACACCGAGUUGGUACCCAGAAAAAAAUGGCUCCACUUGGCCCUCAAGCAAUCUCUUUCUCAAACGUCCUCCACUCACCUUACCUUUUCUUUACCUUACUUAAGCAACCACCUAAUUACUGCCUUCCUACUCCUUGUCUCGUAACUUCCUCCUCUUUCUCCCCGUACACCCUUUAUAUAUAUAUAUAUAUAUAUAUAUAUAUAUUCCCUUUCACCACUUCACUCACUCAAUCACCAAGCUUUCAAAAAUCUUCUCUCCUCUCCAUUCAUAGAUUCUUAAUUUACUCACUACUUUGAGUUCACAAUUUUUUACCUCUUUGUUUCUUUCAAGAAAAUACCAACUAGUAAUGGCACUUGAAGCUUUGAACCCUCCAACUAGCACAACUCCACCAUCAUUUAAAUUUGACACUAAAAAUACUCAAACUUACCUUGAGGCUUGGACUAAGGAAAAGAGAUCAAAACGACCUCGUAACAUCAUGGAGCAACAACAAAUCAGUGAAGAAGAAUACUUAACUUUUUGUCUUCUCAUGCUAGCACGUGGCGGUAAUAAUAAUUUUACUACUACUACAACCAAUUCAACAACACCACUUAUAUCAAAGAAUUUGUACAAGUGUUCAGUGUGUGGUAAGUCUUUUUGUUCUUAUCAAGCUUUAGGAGGACACAAAGCUAGUCAUCGUACUAAACAACUCCUUAACGGUGAAGUCAACGAGCACUCCGUUACAACCACGACCAGUGCCACGUCAGCUAACAACUUUAGUGGAAAGACUCACGAGUGUUCCAUAUGCCACAGGGCUUUUCCAAGUGGACAAGCUUUGGGUGGUCACAAAAGGCGUCAUUACGAGGGUAAGGUGACUUCCACGUCAUCGGAUGGUGUGGGGUCCGCAAACAGCCAGCGUGACAGCUUUGACUUGAGCGUUCCGGCUUUGCCAGAAUUUUGGCCGGGUUUUGGCUCAAGCGAGGAGGAGGUGGAAAGUCCUCAUCCAGCUAAAAAAUCGCGACAAUUUCUGCCAAGUAAACUUGAAUUGUUCCAACAACAAUAGGACUUGAGGACUUGAACAAGGCUAUACAAUUUUAGUUGAGGAGUUCAAAAGUAGUUAUUUGAUUAGUUGUUACAUGUCUUAAUGGG